AUGGCUAGCCCCAUUGACAAGGAUCAAAAAAAUAUUCCGUUGGAGCUCACAGCCUACGGUACCACCCCGCUGGGGAAGCCCCGGUUGUUCGUGUGCCAAGUGUGCACCCGAGCGUUCGCCAGACUCGAGCACCUUCGUCGCCAUGAGCGUUCUCACACCAAAGAAAAGCCCUUUGCUUGCGGAGUAUGUCAACGAAAAUUCUCCCGUCGUGACUUGUUGUUGCGCCACGCCCAAAAGUUGCACGCAGGGUGUCUGGACGCUAUUACCAGGUUACGCCGAAAACUGAUCAAGCGUGGCAACUUGGACGAUGACGAGUACGCCCUGGAUGAAAUGGAAAUGCUGUAUUCACCACUGGCACUGCUGACUCCUUUGAACAUCGACUUUGCCGAUCCGUUUCGCAAAAAGAUGAAGUUGCCGCCACUGAGUCUGCAGCCCUCACUGCCGUUGCCGCUGCUGCCAACUUCGGCAACGCCCAUGAGAAAGGACUCGCUGUUACUGCGUCAAUUGUUCAAGGGUCGUCGGCGAGGCACGUCGUUUUCGGCGCAGCUGGGGCAACUGUAUGCGCAGGCACAACCACCGAUUAACGACAGUGUUCCCCUGCUGGAGGGUGUAGAGUUUUCUACACCGCAAUUAUUACCUCAAGCGGACGAUUUGGGUUGGCUUCUGAAUCUUCUGACUAUUCCUGGCAUUCUCAACCCUAAUGAAGCGCUGGAUCUGCGACGCCUUUCGAUUGCCCUGACAAAUCUGUUUUCAUUAAAUGGUGACAACUUCAAUAUGGGAUCAGCAUACUCCAUGCCCACUCUGACGAUGGGACUGGAGGUGGGAAAGGCGAAACGCGAGGACGUUGACUUUGGGUAUUCCUUCUACGAUAUUCCAGAGCAAAUGUUCCUGGCGAAGGCGUUUGAUCUGAUCACCAAAAAUAUGACUCCAGAGCUGUUGACAUAUCACAAGCCUUUGCUGCCUAUCCAGGAUGGAGAGACUCCCACCGCCGCUACAUCAACUCAGGGACAACAUCAAAGAAAAGCCCUGCAAGUUCUGCAAAAUGGAGGAAUAGAUUUUAGCACACACUUAGCUGACAUUGACGGUUUGACCCAGGAGUUCGAUGUAAAUCUGAAGUUUAUGCCGGGGGGGUAUACAUUCUAUGGAGAUAAUCCCCUGGUGCUGCUGCUGGGAAUCGAGGUGCAAUCACCGCUGAUACUUGACGGUAACAUGUUUGGUGAACUGUGGCGCCGUGCCAGCGCUGCUGUUGAUCAGCGAACAAGCAACGGUGGUGGAUUUUCAACUCAAACGCUCUUUACGUCCAAUAUUCGUCUGCUUAUCGCCAAAGCCUUGGCAAAAUACCCCAUUCUGGGAAUCAUGACCCCUACAAUUCCCUCCAAUGAGAAGCUUGAACUUUAUUUGACCACAUUUAAGCAAGUAUUUUUGGCGCAUUUCCCAUUCAUUCAUACAUCUAAGCUCAAUGAGGCCGCUGUUAUGGCAAUGACUCGUAAUGAGGACACCAAAAACGAACUGGCUCGUGCAUGCUUGCCUUUGUUAGUUGCCACUAUGGGUGCCUUACUUGCAAACAACAAGAGUGAUCUGGAGCAUUUGUACGAAGCUCUGAGACGUGCUAUUCACAUUUUUUUGGAACUGCGAAAGCAAUGCGAUGACAAGAAGAAGGCUAAUCCUUUGUGGCUUAUCCAACUGUUGACGUUGCUGGUUAUUUACGGCUUGUUCUCGGAUAACGAAAACAAUGUCUACAUCGUCAUCCGCCAACUUAAUGCCCUCAAUCUGUUAGUCAAAACUCUGAUCAAAUCAGGGCUGCCGACGCUUUUUGGUGUUGACGAUGAACCGCCAAUGGCGGGGGCUUCGGAUGCUCUGAAGUGGCGUCAUAACAUCGUACGUCAAUCACAAACUCGCAUCGUUUUCAUGAUUUAUCGAUUAACGAACUUCUUGUUGAUGAUGUACAAUGUGCCCUUAACUCUCAGUAUCAAUGAUUUGCUGAACAUUUGUCUUCCGCUGCGUUCAGAAGAGGCUCUUUGGCAGUGUGGUCUGGCAGCCGAGUUUGACCAACGGUACCCCGGGCAAUUGCAAACUUUCCUUGACCAAAAGCCUCCUGGUUUCAAAGAAACCCUCGUCCUGUUGCUUCGUGAUCGGACUCACAUUCAAAACUUGGAGCGUGUUGCCAAAUAUGGGUUUGUCUGUCUUGCACACGGCAUAUAUGAGGUGAGGCAAUACCAGGAGAUGAAAGAUUUCGACGUCAGUGGGGUGUUUGAUUUUUUGACCCAGCAGGCGCCUUCAGGUAAUAAUGGGAGCCCAGUAAGUGCCGAUCACGAGAAACUAGAUUAUGCCAUGCUACUGUGCUUCAUCAGAAUCUGCCUGUUGGUUGAGUUCAAAAUGGUUAAAGAACAAAGUUGGUUAAGGAAUCUGGACGAGUUGCUGAAGAAUUAUAAUCAGUUUUUGAUUGAUGUUUUGGGGACGCAGGGUCCUUCUAAGGUUGAUGGAUAUCAAUUUGUCAAAAUUGCCGAUAAUUGUAUGGCCAUUCUCAGAAUGAUUUUGUUCAAGCUGUACGAUACGGAUGAAGCUAAUGGAUCACUGGCAUUCCUGACGGACUUUGGAUUUUUAAGUGCGUCAAGUCUCACAAGUUCGCUGGGAGAUCCGGCCGUUUUAGGAACCAUUGAAUCGGCAUUACAUCUCAGAGUGCUGGACGAGUUUGAACUGACACCGAACCUGAUACAUCUGCAAAUGUUAUUCCAUGUGUUUGUGCUCUUAGCGACCUACUCUAUUUAUGUUGCUAAAAAGAACCUGAGCCUGAUGGGAGCUCCUGAAGUGUUAUUUGAGCUUAAUCAUCGGUACUCGCAAGUUCUCAAAAUGUUGGACAAGAUUGAAGCUGGGCUUUCACAGAAAUAUCCCAAUAAGUUGGAUCUGGAGUUUAACAACUUGUACAUGUACCGCAACAAUCAAGGCCUGCCACAAGGAGCUCCUCUGGGGGGCAUUGAGAAGGCGCUUUAUAUUUUGAAGAUUGGUGAGCUUGUGCUUAAUUACCUUUAUGAAACCACGAUCAAGGUGCUGAUAUUCCGGAAGUUGAGUGCCUCACUCUUACAUAUCCGCAAGUUUUUGAUUGACAACGAAUCGCGGAUCUUGACUUAG